AUGCCGGUUCUCUAUGGCGCGGUGUCCGGUUCUCUAUGGCCCAAAGAUGCAGAGGCUUGGGGCUGGAAUCAGUGCAAUUGGGAUCAAGCUGAGGUCGUGCGGCUGGUUCACCUGGGAGUUGAGAGCUACUUGUUGCCCAUCUCCUGGCCCCUCGCUCCACGCCCCGAAGAGAAGGACCGGCCGAGCCGCCACCGCCGGCCGGGCCACGGGCCACACACCCGGCGCGAGCGCCGGCGUGGAGACGGCUGCUACCGGGAUCCGGUGGAGUCGCUGCGGCAGCGGGUGGAGAUGUUGCUGCGACAGGAGGUGGAGCCUGUGUUGGCCUUGGACUUUGGGAGGUUAGGCUUGGAGCGAUCCGUCGAGGAGGAGGUGAAAGAUCUGGUGCAGCUCUUCCCACAGGUGCGUCGCUGGGUCACGCUGUUAGAGCCCUGGAGGGUGCUGCAAGAAGGGUCACACGUGAGACGCCGCUGGACGGAUUCCGCGAACGCAUCGGGGCGAUUUCAACGAGCGCUGCAGGGACACCGGGCGGUUCAAGAGAUCUUCCAGAAGUCGGAUGCUGAGGCUGAUGGGGCUCGCUGCUUGGGCCUCUUGCUUUCCCUUGACUGGCUGGAGCCCGGUGGAUCUGGAGCAGAGAGCCAUCCACAAAGACGAGCACAGCUUGAGCACGCGUCCCAGGAGAUCAUGAGGCGGCAAGUGGCUUUGGUGUUGGAGGCCUUGGGCGGAGACCGGACCACUCUGGGUGAGAGCAUGGUCAUGCUGCUCCCUCGGCAUGCUGGACGGGUCCAUUGGACCGACGGUGUGGAGAUCGUCUACACCGAUCUGAGCUUCACCGCGCACGUGCACCUCGCCGCUUGGUUCCGCGCAGAGUGCGGAGCCGGAGAAGUACAUUUGAUCGCUGAUAAUAUGCAGGCCUCUCAGGUUCGGAAGGGGAUACGGCACAGUCAGAAGGCCAUUGAUCAUCCAUUUUCGGGCUUUUGGGUGCACGAGAAGGAUGCAGUAAGGUGGGGAGGCUCUGACAGUUUCGCAACUUGGGAGCAUGGAGUCGCAGAUGAUCUGCAAACACAGAUGAACAAGCUGAAGAGCUGUGACGUCUUUUCUUUUCUGGUGGCUCUUAGCUCCUUGGACUGCCUUCCUGCUGCCCUGCCGGCCCUGCACCAUGCGCGUGAUGCCUCGCCCGGCCCGAUGCCGCCGGACACCGCCGGGCACAGCGUGCGUCCCGACGGCCGCCAGGCGCGGUGGGACCGGACGCUCACAGCCGCGGUGAACCGGCGGCGCGCCCGGGGCGCGCGCACGGGCGAAGGCAGCGUGGAGGUGUUGAGUGUGUGUGAUGUGGUGGCCCAGGUGUUGCUGUCCUGGCGGCGACACUUGCGUGACCAGAGAAGUUGGCACCUUCCAACGAUCCACGCGUGUUUGGAAGCUGUGCUGAUUUUACGGCAGAAGGAGUCCACGCCCGACCAUGCGUGGUGUGAGAAGGCCUGCCGGGCCGUACAAAGCUCCAAGGAGAACUUGUGCGAGAGCCUCCCUCCCCUCCUGGCGAUCAAGACGGAGAAAGGAGGUGCUGGAGAUGUAGACCGCGAGGUGCAGACCGCGGCACUGGCCGCCCUAUGCAUCGUUGUCAGGCAAGCUGCCAGAUGGCCCGCCGAAAAGGGACUGCAGAUCGACAUGACUUGA